AUGGAAAAUAACGGACAAAUUCCACGCGAUGUCGACCAGCAGCAGCGGUUUCAGAAUCAACAGCAGCAGCAGCAACAGCAGCAGUUGAAUUUACAGCAGGGAGCCCCGGUCCAUCAGCAACAGUCCGUUCCAGCAGCACCCGGACAGCAACAAUAUGCUCUUCCUCCUCCUCAGCAGCAACAAAUGAGUCAGCCGGACCUUGGUCAGAUGAUGUUUUUGAUGCAACAAAUGAUGACUCAAGUGAUUCAAGUGACCCAGCAAAACGAAGCAAACGAGACACGCCGUGAAGCGCGUCAUCAGGAGCUCAUCCGUACGUUGGCAAAGUCCCGAGAACGACAAGUUGCAUACAAUCCGGAGCAGAUCCUUGACUCAUUGGCGAAUAACAUCAAGGAUUUUCGCUACGAACCGGAUAGCAACAUAACUUUUGCUGCUUGGUACACUCGAUACGAUGAGCUAUUCGAGAAGGACGCAGCUCGAUUAGACGAUCAAGCGAAAGUGCGACUGCUGCUUCGGAAGCUGGGACCGAUUGAACACGAAAGGUACGUGAGUUUCAUUCUUCCCAAGCUUCCCAAAGAUUUUUCCUUCUCCCAGACGGUCGAGAAGAUGAAAAAUUUGUUCGGUGCAAAGGAGUCGGUGAUCAGUCGGCGAUACAGAUGUUUGCAGAUUUCCCGGUAUCCGACCGAAGACCAUAUUGCGUACGCCUGCCGAGUCAACAAAGCUUGUGUGGAGUUCGAGCUCGGAAAGUUGUCGGAGGAGCAAUUUAAGUGCUUGAUAUACGUGUGCGGGUUGAAAUCGGAGAGUGAUGCCGAAAUUAGGAUGCGGCUCCUCUCAAAGAUCGAGGAGGUAAAUGACGUCACACUAGAGCACCUGUCAAAUGAGUGCCAGCGUCUUUUCAACCUCAAGCACGAUAACGCUAUGAUCGAAGCGCCGGUUCCAUUCGAUCAAGUGAACGCGAUCAAGUAUAGCAACAGGCAAUUUAAAAAGCGUGACUUUGAGUCCCCAAACCAGGCAUUGAGCGAUAGUGAAUGCAAACCAGAUUCACCGUGUUGGUUUUGUGGCGGACUACAUUAUGUUCGCAACUGCGGCUACAAGCAGCACAAGUGUUCCGAAUGUGGUCAAUUUGGACAUCGAGAAGGCUAUUGUGGUAGUGCGAACAAAGCACGCCAGCCUACGAUGAGGAGAAGGAAGAAGCAUUCGGUGGAUAGCAAGGUGGUAAUCGUCGACGUAUGCAGCGUGCAGCAACGACGGAGGUUCGUGCCCGUAAGUAUAUGCGGGACGUCGAUUCAGCUGCAACUCGAUACCGCUUCGGACAUCACGGUCAUCAGCAAGCAAAUUUGGGAGAAGAUCGGAAGUCCGGAGCUGGUUCCAUCGACGGUCAAGGCGAAGACCGCUUCUGGUAAUACCUUGCUGCUUGAAGGCGAGUUCGUGUGCAACGUUACCAUCGGUGAAACAACACGAAAUGGUGUGAUUCGAGUGACGGAGAAACCACUGCAGCUUCUCGGAUCCGACUUCGUGGACAGCUUCGAUCUCUGGUCAGUACCGAUGGACAAUUUUUGCUGCAAUAUUUCUGCCUCUCCAGCAUCCUUGUCGACUCUCAAGUCAACCUUCCCGAAGGUGUUCAGUUGUAAGCUCGGGUUGUGCAUCAAAACGGCCGUUAAGUUCGAACUGAAAACAAGCUGUAAACCCGUGUUUUGUCCCAAACGGCCCGUUGCAUAUGCAAUGUACGAUGCCGUUAACCAGGAGUUGGAUAGAUUGGAGAAGCUGAAGAUCAUUUCGCCAAUCGAUUACUCGGAAUGGGCUGCUCCUAUAGUUGUCGUGCGCAAGGCGAAUGGGGCAAUUAGGAUCUGCGGAGAUUACUCGACAGGCUUGAACUCCGCUCUUCAAUCGAACCAGUACCCGUUGCCUCUACCGGAAGAUAUAUUUGCCAAGCUAGCGAACUGCCAAGUGUUCAGUCAGAUUGAUUUUUCGGACGCUUUCAUGCAGGUACCGGUCGAUGAAAAAUUUCGGAGUCUACUUACUAUCAACACGCACCGUGGACUCUACCUCUACAACCGCCUUCCGCCGGGUGUGAAAAUUGCUCCUGGAGUUUUCCAGCAACUCAUCGACACGAUGCUAGCUGAUCUACCAGGAACAUCCGGUUAUCUUGAUGACGUUGUUGUGGGCGGUGAAAACCAGCAAGAGCACGACCGCAAUCUCCGAGCCGUUCUUCAGCGAAUUCAAGACUUCGGAUUUACGAUCAGAGCUGAGAAGUGUUCAUUUGGAAAGCGACAAAUUCGUUAUCUUGGACACAUCAUCGACGCUAGCGGACUUCGACCGGAUCCAGCAAAAGUUGAAGCAAUUAGCAAGCUUCCUCCUCCUUCCGACGUAUCUGGUGUACGCUCCUUCCUUGGCGCGAUUAACUAUUAUGGAAAGUUCGUGUCUAAUAUGCGAGCGCUCCGCUAUCCCCUUGAUAACCUCCUCAAAACAGAAUCGAAGUUUGAUUGGAAUACGGAGUGUCAACAGGCGUUCGACCGAUUCAAGCAGAUUCUUACUUCGGACCUACUGCUUACACACUUCGAUCCGAAGAAGGAGAUCAUCGUGUCCGCCGAUGCUUCAUCAGUCGGUCUCGGGGCCACAAUCAGCCAUAAAUUCUCCGAUGGCUCCAUCAAGGUGGUGCAGCACGCCUCGAGAGCACUCACCAAGGCGGAGCAGAACUAUAGUCAGCCUGAUAGAGAAGGUCUAGCUAUCAUCUUCGCAGUUACGAAGUUUCACAAAAUGAUCUUUGGUCGGCGCUUCCGCCUUCAAACUGACCACGCUCCAUUGGUUCGAAUCUUCGGCUCCAAGAAAGGUAUCCCGGUGUAUACGGCUAACCGGUUGCAACGUUUUGCCCUCACGUUACUUCUGUACGACUUUGACAUCGAGUACGUUCCGACUGAGAAGUUCGGCCAUGCCGACCUACUGUCCCGACUAAUAAGCCAACAUGCGAAGCCAGAAGAGGAUUAUAUCAUCGCUAGCGUUACACUGGAGGAAGAUGUCAGGUCAGUAGCCGCGGAUUCACUUAAUGUUCUUCCCCUUAAUUUCAGAGUCGUCGCGCAAAGCACCCAGGCCGAUCCACUUCUACGCAAGGUCUACCGGUACAUCCAAAACGGCUGGCCGCAAUCUAAGCAAGUCGAACCGGAGAUCAAACGAUUCCACGCCAGACUGGAAUCCUUCACCGUAGUGGAUGGGUGCAUUCUGUUUGCCGAACGACUCGUCAUUCCAUCGAAACACCAAAAACGAUGCUUGGACCAGCUUCAUCGAGGCCAUCCGGGUAUGCAGCGGAUGAAAGCGAUUGCCAGGAGCUACGUGUACUGGCCGUCACUCGACGAAGACAUCGUUGGUUACGUCAAGGCCUGUGCGCAGUGUGCGUCCGUUGCGAAGUCUCCUCCUCAUGCUACACCGAUGCCGUGGCCGAAAACAGUUGGCCCAUGGCAACGCGUUCACAUCGAUUACGCCGGACCAAUCGAUGGUGACUACUUCUUAAUCGUCGUCGACUCUUACUCCAAAUGGCCUGAGAUUGUCAAAACGCGCAGCAUUACAUCGAUAUCCACAAUUGCCAUCUUGCGUGGACUCUUCGCUCGACUGGGGAUGCCGGUUACACUGGUCUCGGACAACGGAACACAAUUCACCAGUGCAGAGUUUGGCAAAUUCUGUGUUACGAACGGCAUCGAGCACCUCACGACAGCCCCGUUCCAUCCACAAUCAAACGGACAAGCAGAGCGUUUCGUGGAUACAUUCAAAAGGGCCGUCAAGAAGAUCCGAGAGGGAAGAGGAACAAUGGAUGAAGCAAUCGAUACGUUUCUCCUCACGUACAGGAGCACGCCAAAUCACUCUGUACCAGAAAACAAGACGCCGUCAGAGGCUAUGUUCGGCCGUAAAAUCCGAACCAGCCUUGAGUUGUUACGCCCGCCUCCCGCGCCCAUGGCAGUUCCAGAAGAGCAGAAAGAACAAAAGCGACGAUCAUUCAACCGCGACGAUGCUGUCUACGCCAAGGUCUACACCAAAAACACCUGGAAAUGGGUACCUGGCAUAGUUCUCGAGCGAAUCGGUAACGUAAUGUAUAACGUGUGGACCGAUGCUCGGAUGCUGCGCUCGCACGUCAACCAGUUGCGUAGUCGAAAUUCCACGAGUUCGAAUGCCAAGUUACCAGUCAGACAAGCCGUGAGCUCACACAGUUCAUUUCCGUUGAACGUCCUGAUGUCUGCCUGGAACCUACCUCAGUCACCGUCGUCGCUUGCACCGGACGAGCCCGUCCAAUCAUCAUCAUCGCAAGCCUCUAGCUCAGCAUCAACUACGAAUCCGAUGACGCCUCAAUCAUUGCCGCCGUCACCGAGAUGUAGUUCACCAGCGACCACGAGUACAUCGAUGUCGUCAAUGUCUUCUACGACAGCAACAUCAACUGAGUUCGAGUUAGCAGCUGAAACCGAACCGGUAGAAGUUCUACCUCGGCGCUCUUCCCGUCUUCGAAGGCAGCCUCGAUGGUUUGACCCCUACCAGCUCUAUUAA